AUGGCCCAAAGACAGAAGAACAAAAAGAGCACGAACUCCGCCUCAGUAAUCAACUCAACGAAGAAGUAUCAACCCUACCUCUGCAGCAAGGACUGCGACAUUGCCCUCUCCGCCUCUACAAAAAUUUCUGGUUCCCCGAAGGUUGCGGGUGGGAAAAAAUAUUACCUCCUUUCACGUCACCCCCAAAACUGCUCUCCUAUUUUGGAGGGCCUCUUCGCCGGCCCCCACGUUCCUGAUCUAGACGCAUUACCCUCCCCACGACAGUUUUCCACCCACAUUCCUUACUCCGUUCUGCCGGAAUCCGUCCGAAGUUCUCCCUGUCGAAUCAUAUACCUCUGUAGGGAGCCUAAAGAUACGAUCGUGUCCACUUACCACUUCUUCCAUGGAAUGAGCAGCCCCGAGGCUGCUCUGCAACCUUUCCCGUUCAUGGAGGCGAUUGAGCUGCUCUUUAAGAGGGUGUCUGGUUUCGGGCCACUGUGGGAGCACCAGCAGGAGAACUCGAGGGAGAGCCAGAGAAGACCCAACAAGGUUCUAUUUCUAAAGUAGGAGGAUCUGAAGGCGGAUCCCGAGGACGGUGUGCGAAGGAUGGCGGAGUUCAUGGGGAUGAGCUUCACGGCGGAGGAGGAGAUGAGCGGCAUGGUAGGGGAGAUUGUCAGACAAACCAGCUUUGAGAGGCUUAGCGGAUUGGAGGUUAAUAAGUUGUCGUUUCAGAACCUGUACGCGUGCCUUCUUAACGUGAUCUUUGCCGACUCGCAUCUCCUUGAGUGCGUCCCAAGCCUCCUUUGCCGUCUUUUUCUCCGAAAUUACCAUCAUCACGUCAUCCAGCACGGCUUGAGAAAUGACAAUCAUGGCGCCUUGAUCUUUUUCAUCUUCGUUUCACUUAACGUUGGAAAUUGGAUCGGGAUUGAGGCUCCUCUUGCCGUCGGUUUGAUGACAGCAAUUUGGCGGAAUGGGAGGGUCGGGGAUUGGAGGGAGCAUUGUACAGCGGAAAUGGCAGAGAGGAUUGACUCCAUUACUUGGGACAAGAUGCAUCAGAGCGGGUUGACGCAUUAG